AUGUUCAUACUAUCGGAGCUCUCGGACCUCGUGCGUGUGCCGCCACCGUCGUUCAACAUCCCGACGCCGGUCGCUCUCAAGGAUGAGCUCCACAAGAAGUACGCCAACAAGGUCAUCUCCAACGUGGGACUCGCCGUGUCGGUGUGGGACAUCCUGGAGAUCAAGGACGGUCUCCUAAAACCAGGCGACGGCGGAGCCUACGUGGAAACACAAUUCCGUAUGAUCGUGUGGAAACCGUUCGUAGGCGAAAUCUUGACCGGCUGGGUCCAAGAGUGCACUGCCGAGGGCAUCAAAGUACGCAUGGACUUUUUCAACGACAUCUUCAUCCCCAAGGACUACUUGUUCGAGGGCUGCGUGUUUCGGCCGGCCGAGCGGGCGUGGGUCUGGCAGCCAGACGCCGACACCGACUUGUACAUUGACGUGAACGAACAGGUUCGAUUCCGCGUUGAAGAGGAGGUGUUUGCCAACAUCAAGCCCAAGUCGCUGGCUGAGGCAUUGGGCCUCGAGACAGACCGGGCGCCUCCGUACGCCUUGGUGGCGUCCUGUCAAACCGACGGCAUGGGUUGUGUCUCGUGGUGGGACUAG